AUGGCUACUGCCUCCAACAGGGUCGUCAAGGCCCUAUCGAAAGUUGCCCCUGCAAACAAAUCCGCGGUUGAACCAACCAAAACAGCUCCUACUAUUAGUGCUGUUCUUCAUCGCUCACUGCAGAGUGCACCGCCACAAGUCGUCUCGGCAAAUGGCAAGCAUUUGACUUUUUCCGACGGCCGAACUAUCCUUGACACAACAUGUGGUGCUGCCGUGGCCUGCAUAGGCUCGAACAAUGAGCGAGUCAAACGAGCGAUGGUCAAGCAAAUUGACAAGUUUGCUUACUGCAAUUCCAUGUUCUUUGGUCACGAGGUUGGAGAGCAGUUGGCGGCUGAGUUGAUCCAGGGCACUGGGGGUGCCAUGUCGAAAGCCUAUUUCAUGUGUUCUGGAUCUGAAGCUAUGGAGUCUGCCAUGAAAAUGGCGCGGCAAUACUACAUGGAGUUAUCUCCUCAACAGCCCAAACGUGUCAAUUUCAUUGCUAGGCAAGGCUCGUAUCAUGGCACGACACUUGGUUCACUUUCGAUGAGUGGCCAUGUAGCUAGGCGGAGCCUCUUUUUGGACCUUUUGUUGCCUAACAUCGCUAAAGUCUCAGCUUGUAACCCAUACCGUGGAAUGAUGGAGGGUCAGACUAUCGAAGAGUACGUUACGCAACUAGCGGAUGAACUGGACUGCAAAUUUCAAGAGCUGGGACCAGACACAGUAUGCGCAUUUGUCGCUGAGCCCGUUGUUGGCGCAAUAGCCGAGAGUGCUUAUGCUGACUGCGAAAUGCAGACUUUGGGAUGUGUUCCAGCUGUCCCUGGGUACUUCAGAGCAAUGAAAAGGGUUUGCGACAAAUACGGCGCGCUUCUCAUCUUGGAUGAGGUUAUGUCUGGUAUGGGUCGCUCGGGUACGCUGCACGCAUGGCAGCAGGAAGACGUUAUUCCCGAUAUCCAGACUGUCGCAAAAGGACUUGGAGGCGGAUACGCGCCGAUGGCUGGCAUGUUAAUCAACCACCGCGUAGCAAACGCUCUUAGAUAUGGUACCGGCUCUUUCUCUCACGGACACACCUACCAAGGCCAUCCAGUUGGGUGUGCUGCAGCAUUAGAGGUGCAGCGUAUCAUUCGAGAAGAGGAACUCGUUUCAAACGUUCGAAAGCAGGGAGCUCUCCUUGAAAACCUUUUGCUGAAGCAUUUGAGCGAUCAUCCCUUUGUCGGCAACAUCAGAGGAAAGGGUCUCUUCUGGGAUUUGAUUAAUCCGCGUUUCAGAUUGAGUUCGUCCGUAAUAAAGCGACGAAAGAGCCAUUCCCACGUUUGGAAUAAGUCUCUACCCCGGAACUGGGACAAAAGAUGGGUUCUAGGUGACCACAUUCUUCUUGCGCCUGCUUACACAAGCACCAGCGAUGAGAUUAAGUACAUUGCUGCGAGAACUACGGAUACUGUCCGUAAAACUUUUGAUGAGCUGAGUGCUGGCGCUGCGGAUUUGUUCUGA